AUGGCUGGUGGUAACAAGGAACAAACCAAAUUUCAAGUGUUUUAUGGAACUUUUGUAGAUACACCCAAGCUUGACGAACUGCGUGUAAGGCCCAGAACCAGUGUUGGAGUUUCCAAAAAUGGUACUAUCGCAUUCAUCAAGGCAGACAGUGAAAAUCCGCUUCAAGAAGCGCUUGAAUUUGACAAAACGUUGCAGCCCUGGGAAAUUGAAGUAUUCGACACUUUCCAAGAACAAGGCUCGUCUUUUUUUUUCCCGGGUUUUAUAGACACACAUGUCCAUGCGUCCCAGUAUCCAAAUGCAGGCAUUUUCGGUACUUCGACGUUGCUCGACUGGCUAGAGAAGUACACUUUCCCGCUUGAAUCGUCGCUCGCGGAUUUACAAAUCGCCCGCAGAGUCUAUACGCGAGUCCUGGACAAAAGUCUGAGCAACGGUACGACAACGGCGGCAUACUACACUACGACAAGCUCCGUUUCAUCCAAUUUGAUGGCCGAUAUGUGCGCAAAACGGGGCCAAAGAGCGUUUAUUGGUAAAGUGUGUAUGGAUCGGCAUGCACCGGAUUACUACGUCGAAACAACGCAAGAGAGUCAAGAAUCCCUUCUUUCCGUGAUAGAUCAUAUCCGCAACAAACUCCGCGACGACAAAAUCCAACCUAUCGUCACACCACGGUUUGCGCCCUGUUGCUCGCGCGAGCUCAUGUCUUGGUUGGGCAAAUUGGCAUCCGAACAAGACCUUCACAUUCAAACGCAUUUAGAUGAAAAUCAAAGCGAAAUUGCUUGGGUAAAGGAACUGUUUCCCGAGUCAGAAUCCUAUUCCCACGUUUACGAUGACCACGAUUUGUUGACGGAGAAGACUGUGCUGGCACACUGCGUACAUCUGAAAGAAGAAGAGGCUGCGUUACUGAAAAGACGUAAAUGUGGCAUUUCGCAUUGUCCUAUAUCGAACUCCUCUAUUACGUCUGGUGAAUGCAGAGUCCGCUGGCUUUUGGAUCAAGGCAUUAAAGUAGGCUUAGGAACGGAUUUGUCAGGUGGAUUUAGCGCCAGUAUCCUGGCAACGGCUAGACAAUCUCUUCUGGUCUCACGCCACGUCGCGAUGAAAGAAACUGAUCCUAAGUAUUCAGAGCGCGCCAAGCUUUCUGUUGCAGAAGUGUUGUUUCUUGCGUCGUAUGGAGGUGCAGCCGUGCUUAACCUUGAAGACCAAGUUGGAUCCUUUGAAAUUGGAAAGCAAUUUGAUGCCCAAUUAAUCGACCUCGAGAGCCCGACUUCCAACGUAGACGUAUUUGAUUGGCAGCAUUUGACUUGGAACGACAAACAGCAAGACAAAUGCAACUUUGACAAGUUUCAAGAUUUGAUCGCCAAAUGGCUGUUUAAUGGAGAUGAUCGUAAUACUGCGCGCGUGUGGGUCGCAAGUAACAUAGUUUACUCAUCCGCUUGA